UCAUCGAUGACUUAUAGACAGAAAUUGACAAGAACUCAGUGUUCGUGGUUUUGAGUGGCGUGUCCGAAUUAAGCGGGCAAUAGAGCAUAUAGUUUUGAUUUCACACAGUUUGAAAACAAUUUACGGGAAAUUGUAUACGCUGGUUGCCCGUGUAAAGCUGUUAAAAGAAGAUUAAAGGAUCGAGUAGAGUCAACCGAAGGGUUUUACGGCCCGGCGCUCGGGCGCCAUUAAAUUUGCAACCGCGUGUAUUCUAGUAAAUAACACAUAAAUCGAACAUUCGAAGGAAUAAAAUGCAACAAGCUACCAGUGUUGCAAAUUCACCUGGUCUAAAUAUUGCUAAUAUGUUACAAAAUGCCGGGCAAACACCGCAACAACAACAGCAACAACAACCGAAUGCUUCGCUUGUUGAAUCGCUUGCCGUAGCUGAAGGCUUGGAUGGACGAAAGCAAGAUAUAGGAGAUGUCCUUCAACAAAUAAUGAAUAUCACGGACCAAUCUUUGGACGAAGCACAGUCAAGAAAGCACUCCUUGAAUUGUCACAGAAUGAAGCCAGCUUUAUUUAGCGUCCUUUGUGAAAUAAAAGAGAAAACAGUUCUAAGCAUCCGUGGUGCCCAAGAAGAGGAGCCCCCAGACCCACAACUUAUGCGCCUUGAUAACAUGCUCUUGGCCGAGGGUGUAGCUGGACCAGAGAAGGGAGGCGGAAGUGCUGCUGCCGCCGCGGCUGCUGCUGGUGUUCAUGACAACCAGAUAGAACACUCUGAGUACCGUGCAAAACUUGCUCAAAUACGACAAAUAUAUCACACAGAGUUGGAAAAAUAUGAACAAGCAUGUCAUGAGUUUACGACACAUGUUAUGAAUCUGUUGAGAGAGCAGUCACGUGCUAGACCCAUAACUCCAAAAGAAAUUGACAGGAUGGUGAAUAUUAUUCAUCGAAAGUUCAGUGCAAUUCAAAUGCAACUGAAACAAAGCACGUGUGAAGCAGUCAUGAUUUUGAGGUCUCGUUUUCUUGAUGCAAGGAGAAAAAGAAGGAAUUUUAGUAAACAGGCAACUGAGGUUCUCAAUGAAUAUUUCUAUUCACACUUGAGUAACCCAUACCCGAGCGAAGAAGCUAAGGAGGAGCUUGCAAGGAAAUGUAAUAUCACUGUCUCACAGGUUUCAAAUUGGUUUGGUAACAAAAGAAUUAGAUACAAGAAGAAUAUUGGCAAGGCACAAGAAGAAGCAAGCUUGUACACAGCAAAGGCAGCUGCGGCUGCACAAAGCAUGCCACCUGGUGAUCCUAACUCACCAAGUGAACAAGGUUAUGGUCACAUGAGCCAGGCCACACCCACUAUGAUUCAGGUGUCACAAGGUCAGAUGAUGAGUCCAUCCCGACACAGUGAUGUCAUGAUCAGUGGCAUGCAGAUGAAUGGUGUUCAUGGUGAAUAUCCUCCUGUAUCUAUGGUUGGAAAUAAUGUACAGUCACAGGUUGGUCCGGAGUAGCCAAUAUGAUGUAAAGUCCAGAUGUUAAUAGAUUAUAAUAGUCCCAGCUUGAAGAAGGUAUUUGUUGUGAAGAGAAGUCUACUUUAUAACUUCAAGAGUUGUAAUUAUAGGAUCUGUUUAAUUAUAACAAAACCAAAUAUCAUUCCAGAGCUAAAAUAGGUGAUUGUGAAAUUAUAUAUUGAAUUAAUUAUUGGUGAUUUAUUUUAGUGAUUAGACAAAUAUAAUAAAAGUCUUUUAAAGUAUUGUUUUUCAACAUGUUCUCUACCUUGCUAUGAACAUAUUUUAAAGGUAAAUGGGGAUUAUGAAUUAUAUGCCCUGAAAUGCUUCAGACUUAGCUACAGAUUAAUUGAAAUGUCUACGCAAUAAGUCAAUAACAAUCCAGUUGUGUCUUUUGAUCAUUUUCAAACCUUGUUACAUUGCAUGUUACCAUAAUGAUAUUUUGUUCUGUUGAAAGCGAAAC